GUGAAACCAACUAUCAGACAAACCUUAAGCUUCCAGAUAGGUCAACAUAAUUAACAUCCAAAUGCUAAUGUAUGGUGAACAUGGCCCAUGAUGAUGUCAUGGAGCACACAGGUCCUGCCCUCUGCCACUGUUAUAAAGGAGGACUCUCAGAGGCGCAGUGCUAAACCUGGACUUGCAGAAGGAGUGAAGUGGGUGAGAACAGGAAGCUUAUGUGGGUCAGCUACACAUCAUGGGGAGCUGGUGCGUGUACGUCUUCUGUACACUACUAUGUGCCGCUGGACUACUUUACAGCCAUGGUCUUGUCGAAACAGAGGAAUACAAAACUAAAUAUUCAACUUAUUUCACAGCGACAGAUAAGGGCAAAGAAAAGCAACUGAUCAGUGAUUUACAUGGGGUUUUGGAAAGACUUCAGAAUAAUCCAUUUCCAGCGCUUAAAAAAAAGCAUGGCUAUCUGCCUAUGUGUGACCCAGGAGACCAGUGUGCUCUGAGGAAAGGCUCCAGGAUUGGAAAACUGUGCGACUGUGCUCUGCCGAGAACAUGCAACUCUUUUCUACAUCGUUGCUUGUGAUUCCUGUUUACAUAUCUUAAAAAACAAAACAUAUAUUAUUAGUAUAUAUAUAAUAUUUAUAGGCUUUUAUGAAAUUGAUGUCUGUAUUCAAGUAUUAUUUUGUGUCUUUUUAAU